AUUCCCCCAGAAACACCACACACACACGCUGAAACGAAUUAACCAUGGUCGCCGAUUGCACCUGCCAAAGCAACUGCACCGCUUGCGGCCCUCAGGGCACUGGCUGCGCCUGCCCGAAAGACAAGUGCAAUUGCGCACAAUGUCCUAAUAAAGCUCACACUGAACAGUGCACUUGCAGCGCUGGUGGCGACCACUGCGGAUGCAAGACCAGUGACAAACCGUGCAAAUGCUCUUGAGCGACUUGAGCUUUGUCCUCCAUUCCCCGCCACUUGCGUGAAAUCUCCCAGACCAUUCAGACUCUUCCUCCUGUUAUGUUUUCCCCCCAUCCAUUGUCGACGAUCACCAAGGGCGUACUGCGUAGUCUCGUUUCAUGUAUGAACAUCAAUUUCAAUUCAAAUGCAACAGUCUUUACAUCCAUUACGACCCUCAGUCCAAUCUCGA